AUGGAGUGGAGCGAGUGGACCGGAGCCCUGCGGUCCGGUUCACUGCGGCGCAUGGGGAAAAGAGAUCGGUCGGUGAACAGCACCGUGGUUCUCCACGACUACAUGGUGUUUUUAUACCGGACACUGACCAAGCUUCAGCCCACAGGUAUCAGUGUUUCACGUGGGGCGGGAUUCGCAAACACAGUGACCAGUUUUGUGGACCAGGGACAAGAUCUUCCAUCAUGGGAGAGCAGUCAGCGUUACAUCUUUGACUUGUCGAGCCUGUCCAGGAUGGAUGAGCUGGUGGAGGCGGAGCUGAGAAUCUUGAGGAAACCUGCAGUGGACCUCCUGACUGUCCUGACAACCGGAGGAAACCUUUACAACAUCCGCCUGUACUCCUGCUCUCCUGAGGGCGCUUCAGAGACACGGCUCUUGGACUCCAGGACCGUGGAGGUUUUGGACAGCGGUCUCCCCAAGUGGGAGGUGUUUGACGUGUGGUCCAGCAGGAAGGCCCGUCUGAGGAAUCCCACAGAACCCCUGCCAGCCUGCUUCCACCUCCUGGCCUUGUCUGAACUGACCAACGAAGUGGCUGAUCCGCUGCUCCUGGGACUGGGUCGCCAUGCUCGGCUGCCGCAGCACAAAGCUUUGCUGGUGGCUUUCUCACACACUCACACCAAUGACAACCUGUUUAGAGAGAUAACGGAGAAGAUGAAGAACGAGGGAGGUGGAGUUAGGCUCCCUAAGCCUCUCAAACCUGUUCAAAAACAUGAAAAGAAGAACAGGCAACGCCGCCAAAGAGCCUUGUCUAAGCGGUCAUUUGGUGGGAUUGGGCAGGGGGCGACCGCUGGAGGUGGUGGUGGAGGGAAAACCGGACGCAGGAGGACCCGCUGCAGUCGUAAGCCCCUCCAUGUUAACUUUAAAGAUUUAGGCUGGGACGACUGGAUCAUCGCCCCCCUGGACUAUGAGGCACACCACUGCGAUGGGGUCUGCGACUUCCCCCUGCGCUCCCACCUGGAGCCCACCAACCAUGCCGUCAUCCAGACUCUCAUGAACUCUAUGGACCCUGAUAUCAGUCCGCCCAGUUGCUGCGUCCCCUCCAAGCUCAGUGCCAUCAGCAUCCUCUACAUUGACUCAGGCAACAAUGUGGUCUACAAACAGUAUGAGGACAUGGUGGUGGAGAGCUGUGGAUGUCGGUAG